AUGUCGACCACUGAACCCGAGAAGAGUGUUUCCACAGCCGAUACGCCAGGCCCUGACAAGCACCAUGCCGACUCCCAAGGCUGGCACGAACAUGGCAAAUCCAGGGAUGAUGCUCAAGCCGCAAACAUUGAUGAGCAUGAGCAGACUGUCCGGGAAGCACUGCGUGCCUAUCCCAAGGCUGUGGCAUGGUCCCUGAUUAUCUCCCUAAGUAUCAUCCAAGAGGGAUACGAUACGAUCCUAAUUGGAAACUUUUUGGGCUACCCGGAGUUCAAACGACAGUUUGGCGAGGGCUCUGAUGAGAAGGGUUAUGAGGUGACCGCAGCUUGGCAGUCAGCCCUCUGGGCUGGUGGAGUUGCCGGGUCUAUCAUCGGGGCCUUCUUGAAUGGCUAUCUUAUCAAGCAUUUCGGGUUCAAACCCGUCUUUCUCGGUACUCUCGUUGUGAUGGCGGCAUGCAUUUUCCCGUCCUUCUUCGGCAUGUCUGUUCAGCUACAGACUGUCGGCCAGGUUCUCUGCGGUGUUCCCUGGGGGAUCUUCGCCACAAUCGGUCCAGCAUACGCCUCGGAAAUUCUGCCCCUGGCUCUACGCUCCUACCUCACUGCUUAUGUCAACAUGUGCUUCGCUAUAGGACAGUUCCUCGGGGCUGGCGUGUUGCAGGGCCUCCUCAACCGAAACGACCAAUGGUCGUACCGUAUCCCAUUUGCUAUUCAGUGGAUCUGGCCCGCCCCUCUGUUCCUGAUCUGCCUGUUUAUGCCCGAGUCUCCGUGGUGGCUUGUGCGUCAUGGCCGGUUAGCAGACGCUGAGCAAGUUCUCCGUCGAGUCACCUCUGGAAAACAGGUCGAGAAGUCCAAUCAGACUGUGGCUAUGAUGGUGCAUACCAACGAAAUCGAGAAGGAGAUCGAGGCCGGAAGCAGCUAUCUUGAUUGCUUCAAGGGUGUUAACCGACGAAGGACAGAGAUUGCCUGUGUUUCCUUUGCCGGACAGGUUCUCGCUGGCAGCCAGUUCGCUUACUCUGGUACCUAUUUCUUCCAGCAAGCUGGAAUGAGUGCUGAAGAUGCCUACAAGCUUGGUCUUGGCGGUACUGCCAUUGCCUUUGUUGGCACAGUCAUCUCGUGGUUUCUCAUGAAUCGCUUUGGCCGAAGGCAGAUCUACCUGUGUGGGAUGUUCUUCAUCUGCAUCUACCUCUUCAUCAUUGGGGUGUUGACAACCGCUGCGAGAAACCAGGGCGUGGUCUGGGCACAAUCAGUGCUCUGCAUCAUCUGGCUGUUCUCGUUCUCCCUCUCGAUCGGUCCCAUUGGCUGGGUCCUCCCCGCCGAAGUCUCUUCAACCCGACUUCGAUCAAAGACUAUCUGCUUGGCGCGUAACACGUACUACAUCGCCCUGCUGAUCGCGAAUACCCUCGAGCCCUAUUUCAUGAAUCCUACUCAGUGGAACUGGCGAGGAUACACCGGAUUCUUCUGGUUCGGGUCGGCACUAUUCACGCUCAUAUGGGCGUACUUCCGCUUGACUGAGACUCGUGGCCGCACUUUUGAAGAGCUUGACAUCAUGUUCGCCGCCGGGGUUCCCACGAGGAAGUUCACUAGCUUCCAUGUUGACGCCUAUGCCGAGAACCUUGCCAUCAAGGAUCGCGUUGCUGAGGGCAAUGUUAGCAGCAAAGCUUCGGAGGUCUAA